CCAGAGGCAGGACAGUCCCAUGACCAGUCAGGACUCAGCCAAGGGAACCAUCAGUGUGGAUGACGUCGACCCAAUGGGCAAAUAUAUCUGUCUAAUGAACAAGUCCAACGAGGACCAACUACUGACAGACUGGGAGUUAUACAUACAAGUCAACUACAGAAAACCACUUAUACACAAAUUUGACAACUGUGAUCAGCUCUGGGCUGGAGGAUCCAGGACAUUCAAGUGGAACCAGAAAUUCUGGGAUGCUGGAGACCAGCUGCUGGUCACCCUCUACAGCGACACUGGAGAGCUAAAAGCUCACAAAAUGCUGGAGCUUGAGGACUUUAAGAGUAUCACCCUGGAGCAGGACAGUCGCAGUCAGGAUUCAGCCGAGGGAACCAUCGAUGUGGAUAACGUUAACCUGAUUGGCAAAUAUGUCCGUCUCAUCAUCAAGUCCAAAAAGCUCCAACAACUGAGAGGCUGGAAAUUACAUUUGAUGUUCAAAAACAACAAAACAAUCAAACACACAUUGGAGGAUUGUUAUCUCGACCAGGGAGAUACUUUGACUGUGAAGUUGAGACUAACAUCUUUGGAUGCUGAAGACCAACUGAAUGCUGUAGACCACCUGCAGGUCAUUCUCUACAGCGACACUGGAAAGAAAAUGUUCAAGAGUGACUAUAAAAGGAAGCCUCCUGCAGUGAAAGAUCCUCCGACUGAAGCAACUUUAAUCUCCCCGAAGAAAGCUGAUAAACACUAAAAAUGACACUGUGAAAUAUCAAAAAAUUUAACUGAAACAAAGGAUACAAUUAAGCUCAAAAUCAAAACGUGAACGAAAGCAACCAAAACAUUUUUUAAUGGAUUAAUUAUUGAUGAUAAAAAUUAUGUUUUUUCUUCUUUGAGGUGCAAAGUAAGUAACACAUGUACCUUUACAGGCAUCAUGUCAGUUAUAUUCUGGAUAGAGAGCUCAGUGGUUCCCUUUAUUGUCAGAAUUGUAUUGUAUUGUUUAUUUAGUGUAGAAUUUCCUACUCCAUUUUUCUAAAAUAAAAAACAAGAUAAAUACAUGUUUGAUUUUAACCCUGUGGAACUCCGGUCCAUGACCUGAUGUUUAUUUUUAACAAUAUUUCCUUUGAAAAAUGUAACUUACAAAUUUGUUUUUUUUAUUUGAGCUUUGAGAUGUAAUUUCACAAUGUAUGAGUGAAGACAAUUUUGUAUAUAUAGAUAUUUGUUCAUUGCUUUUGCUAAAUCAGUCAAAAAACUUUUGUCAACUUCGAACACUCAAUAUUUUUUUUUAUUUACAUAAUAAAAAACAUUUUACAUAAGAGACGAACAACAACAAAAAUCUGGUCAGGAAUGUUGAAAUGCCACUUUGAAAAAACUUUUUUUU